AUGUUAGCACAACGCAAAACUAUCCAAAAAGCUGGUGAUAGCAGUGUAAUGGAAACUGGGGUUACAUUUACUUUAGCUACUUUUUGUGUAGCUGUUGUUUUAUUCCUCAUCGCUACAACUGUUGUUCUCUCACUUAUUCCAAUUUAUUUGUUACCAAAGACAGCGCAAAGAAGUACAGCAUCAAAGAGAAGUAAUGAGAUCACGAUGUAUCUGAAUACUGGCGUCGAUAUCAAUUCUAGACGAAAAAGAUAUGAUGUUUCACAAUACAAAAGCGUCAACGAAGGUCUUGGCUACAAAUUUGGAUCGGAUGGUGAAGCAAUGGUUAACUCUCUAAUCGAACCACUUUUACAACAAAUUACUAGUAAUGCCAACGGUGCAACCAUAUCAGAAGUUACAAUCGCAUCGUUAAAUACUAGAAGAAAACGCCAUACACUAACGAAACGCGCAAAUCAAUGCACGAGUAACUGUCAAAGUGAUACGUGUGCUAAAAUACAACGCACACUCCCAAGUAAAGUAACAAAUGAUAAUGCGGUUCUCCGGAAUAUUCCCUUGGUUGAUGGUAGGGGAAAUUUCUAUGGUGUCAUCGCUGAUAUUUCGGUUCUUGAAGUUUUAUAUUUAUCCUCUAUAUCUCCGGCAGUAUCAAGCACGGCUGGAACAACGCGUGUGCCUCCGUUUUCUAUCACUUUCACACAAGCGCCAACAACUACUACGGCUGCAUGUAUCAAUACAGGUGAAUAUUAUGAACCAAUUACUGGUCAUACGUGUCAAACAUACAUUGAUUAUGGUUUCUGUGAUGGAACAAGCAUUGUCUCCGGUUCUGAGAUCAAUGCAUCUUUAGCGCAAGAAAACUGUUGUGCAUGUGGUAAAGGAAUGACACAGUCGACUGGAUAA